GUAGUUUGACGUGCGCGUCCUUCAUUUGACUUUGAAAAUUUUCUCGCCUGAGUUUAUUUCAUAGAAAGUGCUCAAAAUUUCUCAGUCAGCACAGUCGAUUCCUUGCUAGCGAGCCGAUAGAUAAACAAAAAGUUAACCAUGUCUAAGAUUGGAAUUAACGGUUUUGGUCGCAUCGGCCGUCUGGUGCUGCGUGCCGCCAUCGAUAAGGGAGCCUCCGUUGUCGCCGUCAACGAUCCCUUCAUCGAUGUGAACUACAUGGUCUACCUGUUCAAAUUCGAUUCCACCCAUGGACGUUUUAAGGGCACCGUUGCCGCUGAGGGCGGUUUCCUGGUGGUUAACGGACAGAAGAUCACCGUUUUCAGCGAGCGCGAUCCGGCCAACAUUAACUGGGCCAGCGCUGGCGCCGAAUACGUGGUGGAGUCCACCGGUGUGUUCACCACCAUUGAGAAGGCCUCCACUCACUUGAAGGGCGGUGCCAAGAAGGUGAUCAUCUCGGCUCCAUCCGCCGAUGCCCCCAUGUUCGUGUGCGGUGUCAAUUUGGAAGCCUACAGCCCCGACAUGAAGGUGGUCUCUAACGCCUCGUGCACCACCAACUGCUUGGCUCCCCUGGCCAAGGUUAUCAACGACAACUUCGAGAUCGUUGAGGGUCUGAUGACCACCGUGCAUGCUACCACUGCUACCCAGAAGACCGUGGAUGGACCCUCUGGCAAACUGUGGCGUGAUGGACGUGGCGCUGCCCAGAAUAUCAUUCCAGCUUCCACGGGAGCUGCCAAGGCCGUUGGCAAGGUCAUUCCUGCUCUGAACGGAAAGCUCACUGGUAUGGCUUUCCGCGUCCCCACUCCCAAUGUCUCCGUGGUGGAUCUUACCGUCCGUUUGGGCAAGGGAGCCAGCUACGAUGAGAUCAAGGCCAAGGUCCAGGAGGCCGCCAAUGGCCCAUUGAAGGGAAUCCUCGGUUACACCGACGAGGAGGUCGUCUCCACCGAUUUCCUCAGCGACUCCCAUUCGUCCGUUUUCGACGCCAAGGCUGGCAUUUCGCUUAACGAUAAGUUCGUCAAGUUGAUCUCCUGGUAUGACAACGAAUUCGGCUACUCCAACCGCGUCAUCGACCUGAUCAAGUAUAUGCAAAGCAAGGAUUAAAUUAUGCAAUACCCACCCACCCACAUAACAAAGUAGAAAAUGCUCGGAAAACUGGGAGACAUCAGAAAAACAUAUAUAUACAUAUAAUAAUGCUCCCCGGUGGAGCAGCACUAUGCGCAAUUAAAUAUGCUUCUGUUUUUGCUCUUACAUUUGCCAGCAACAUUGAAAAAAUUUAAAUACAUAUAGUACAUUCAUAAUACACAUAAAUAUGUUUACUGUUGUUAAAUAAAGUUUCACUCUGUGUGUAGUUGUAACAAUA